AUGAACGGCAUCACCCAGCCAUUACCUGGCCUCCUUGAUACCUUCCAGUUCCAGAUUCCCGACCUGCCAGCCCUCACUGAUUUCCAGAUCGCCCCGCUCCGAGAUCCUGCACCAACCCGUCCUGCCAAUGUACCACUCCCUCUGGAACCGCUGACCAGCAACCUCCUGAACAACUCCCACCACCGAGAAGACAAUCGUGAGAAGAGACGGGCUCCCAAGAUCACUCCCAACGAUGUAUUACUUGCUCGGGAGGCAAAGAAACCACACUUGGCCAUCAGCGAACUCCUCGAAGCCAACGAUGGCCAGGAAAUCCUGCCCACCCAGUUACCAUCUUUCAUAAGUCUUUCAGUCGUUGAAAAAUCCCCAAUUCAGGCUCCAACCUCUCUGGAAUAUGCUCACACGGCCGCUCACACGGCCGCUCAGAAGCGCCUGAGGUUGGAUACUGACGCCGACCAUGUCUCCUUGGAUUUCAUCAGACGAUUACCCCGACCGGCCCAGAAGGAUGAGAGACAACCAAGGCCGGCUCCUCUCCUGCCGGCCAUGGUCACUGGCCUCCACGAGCCUCCACCAUCCGCCGCACUUCUCCCUUCCAUUGAUGUCGCUUCCCGCCCUGGUGUUGUUCGCACUGCUACUACUUCCAAGAUGCAUGUCAAAGACAUGCUGACACAAUCCGAUCCCAGCACUUCCCCGCCUCAAUCGUCCUCAGCACCUGCACCGUCAAGUCAAGAGGUACUUCUCUUCAAAAAUUCUGGUACUUUAACCACCACCCCUCCCCAAGAAGCCGGCUUUGCUGUUUUGGAUCUGCAGCACACUACCUCAUACCGGGACAACAAACCAAGAAGGGCCCGAAGAAAGUGGUCCGAAGAGGAGACCAGGGAUUUACUGGCUGGUGUCAAAAAAUAUGGCAUCGGCAAAUGGAAGCAGAUUUUAGAUGACUCCUCUUUCAGUUUCUGUGAACGGAGUUCAGUCGAUCUCAAGGAUCGUUACAGGGUUUGUGCCAACAAUGACUCCUUUCCCAAGUCAGACCCACCGCCGAGCAGGACACCGUCGAACGAUGAUUUGACCAACACGGCUCAAUUUACGUCCCCUCCAAAUAGUUCCACCCCCGCUGAUGAGGCGGCACCCAAGUCACCCACCGAUCAUUCGCAGCCUCUAAAGCAACGUCGAAAGAGACGAGCUUGGACUGCAUUGGAAGAUGAGAAUCUUAUCAAAGGUGUGGCAAAGCAUGGAUUUCAGUGGACUGCCAUCCAUGACGACGUUCAGCUGGAGCUACAACAUCGCCGAGCUACCGACCUGCGAGAUCGUAUCAGGAACAGGUUUCCUGAUGGUUACAAACACGCCGAGUCUGCUCCUCUGAGAUCCGAAAUGAGGAAAGCAGAGAAAACCGGUGCUCCCGCAUCGACAACUUCGUCAACAAGUUACGAAGAUGGUGAAGUCCCUCCACAACAGUCGGCAACCUCGAAAUCACAACCCAGCACAGCUGCCUUGACGCCUACGAGCACAGAUACUCCUUCGCGACUCGUCAACGGAAAUAACAGAUCAACAGCGGCUACCGUGACCAUGUUGAUACACAACACUGAUCAUGAUACCGAACCAUGCAGCCACAAGUCUGAUAAGGAAAAGGACAAGGACAAGGAUCAGCUUCCUGGUGUUACUCUCCCGAGCUUCACUCUGGAUGUGGAUGACCAUAUGGAUUGGGAAGAUAACAGGCUACCCCCACUUCAUGAAUGGGACGAUAUCGGGCUUUGA